AUGAGGCUCAUGGCUCCGUGUCCCUGUGAGGAUAUGAGGCUCAUGGCUUCGUGUCCCCCUGAGGAUAUGAGGCUCCUGGCUCCGUGUCCCUCUGAGGAUGUGAGGCUCAUGGCUCCGUGUCCCUGUGAUGAUAUGAGGGUCAUGGCGUCGUGUCCCUCUGAGGAUAUGAGGCUCAUGGCUCCGUGUCCCUGUGAGGAUAUGAGGCUCAUGGCUCCGUGUCCCUCUGAGGAUAUGAGGCUCAUGGCUUCGUGUCCCUCUGAGGAUAUGAGGCUCCUGGCUCCGUGUCCCUGUGAGGAUAUGAGGUUCAUGGCUUCGUGUCCCUCUGAGGAUGUGAGGCUCAUGGCUCCGUGUCCCUGUGAUGAUAUGAGGCUCAUGGCUCCGUGUCCCCUAAGGAUAUGA